UCUUGUAGAAGAUCUUGAAUUCUUUCAAAUUAGAAAAAAACCUGUUGCUCCAUUUGUAACACAAUGUUUAACACAUCUUGAAGUCUUGUUACAAUCAGGAAUUAUUGAACCUCCUAUUAGUAAAGAAAUUAAACACAAAUUUGAAGAUAAUCAUUUCAAAAUAGAUGCUUAUAUUACCAUAUUUCAUGAAGUGUAUCAAUUAGCAUUUAACAAGCUUAAAAAACAUAUAGAUCAACAUCUUGCAUUGUCAUUAUUUAAAGCCAUUCAAUGUUUCGAUCUAUGA